AUGACGAAUACAACUACAAUACAGUUCAAUGCGCUACUCCUAGAUAUUGAAGGCACUAUUACCAGUAUUUCUUUUGUCAAGGAUGAACUCUUCCCAUACGCAUUCGAAAACGUCGGAAAAUAUCUGGAAGAACACUACGAUAAACCAGCUACGCAAAUAAUUAUUGAAGACUUGCGACGCCUGGCGGAGCAACAGCUUGAAACUGACGCCGAUGUUGUGAAAAUUCGCGAACGGAAGCAAGAAUGUAUCGAAGACGUAACGAAAAAUGUGCGUCAUUGGAUAAAGAGAGACAAGAAGUUGACGCCGAUGAAGGCUCUCCAGGGACUGAUUUGGGAAGAAGCAUACCAAAGAGGAUAUGUCAAGGGACAUGUCUAUCCUGACGUUCUACCAAUUCUCAAAAUCAUAGAAAGUAGGCAAAUCCCGAUCUACAUCUACUCGUCAGGAUCUGUCCAUGCACAAAAGCUUCUGUUUGCUAAUUCUGUCGAAGGAGACAUGACCAAGAUCCUGUAUGGCUACUUUGAUACCAACAUCGGAUUGAAAGGCGAAACAUCAUCAUACACAAAAAUCAGCGAACAGAUUGGAGUUCCGGAAAAGGACAUCCUUUUCUUAACCGACGUAGAAGCAGAAGCAGCUGCAGCCAGUAAGGCAGGGCUCCAGACAAGAUUAGUCAUUCGUCCGGGGAACGCAACGCUCACUCAAGAAGCCAAGAAUGCGUAUGGAACCAUCCAUACUUUGGAAGAAAUUCUGUGA